UAUAUAAAAAAAUAAGGAAAGUACAAGAUACGAUCCUCCUAAUAAACAAUCGUCUUUCUUGUCUGUGUAGCUCUGGGUGCUGACCAGCGUCUGCUACGAAAUAUACCACAAUUGCAUGGACCCGUAUGCAAGGAUCGACGCUAUUCUGAUCUUUGCGUGUGGUCUGCUGGCGUUAUUGAAGAUAACGUGUUUUCGUAUAUACUCCGACAACCUGAGUAGCAAUUUCAAAUCCGCCAUAAACGAUUAUUUCGCGGUCGAUAACGAGGAGAAACGCUUUGUCAUGCGGCGGCAUGCUUUCAUGGGGAGAAUGAUUUGUUAUUGUGUCGUGUGUGUCGCUUAUGUUGGUUCGAUUUUCUACGUCUCGUUGCCUUUAGUGAUAGGCCACAAAAGUAUCCAAAUAAAUGGAUCCGUUGUUGUUCCUAAUACGAUAUAUCCGGUUCCCUCGACGUGUAGCUUGGGCAGCUUAUCUAUCCCGACGAGUUUGCACAUUCUACUUUUUUUGUGGCAAAGUGUUGUAUUAUUCAGCAUAUCUACUGGCAAUCUCGGCGGUGACUCUCUCUUCCUUGCGAUCACGCUACACGUGUGCGGACAAAUGGAAAUUCUGAAAGUCGAGUUUGCCAACUUUGGUGUAAAAAGUUUGAAUCCGAAAGAGGAUUUUUCGAAGAUGGUUACGAGACAUCAACAUCUGUUGAUUCAAGCGUUGCUUCUUUGUGAUACAAUUAGCUCCGUUUUAGUGUUGCAACUGCUCAUCAGUAGUCUCCUUAUUUGUAUAAUCGGUUUUCAGCUUAUCGUGGCAGUGAAAGUAGGCGACACAAUCAUGAUAGCCAAAACAGCAUGGGUUCAGCUUACUUUAUUGUCACAGAUAUUUGCCUACAGUUACGUGGGAGAUUAUAUGAAGUCUCAAAUCGAAGAAAUUGCAAACGCAAUUUUCAGUAGCAAUUGGUACUGUUUUUCGUUUAAAAUGAUGAGAAACGUUGUAUUCGUUAUCGCACGAUCACAGGACCCUGUACAGCUAAUGGCCGCCAAAUUUAUCGUCAUAAACAUGGAAACUUUCAUGAGCAUAAUAAAAACUUCUCUAUCGUAUCUAUCCGUUCUACGUGUAAUGGUGGAAGUGUAGAGCGAGGAUAUCUAAUGAAUGGCUUGAAAAGAUAAUCGCACACCUAAGUAAUAUCACGGUUUCGAAAAUCCGAGAAAAAUAUAUUCAUAUCGGUAUAAUUAAAUUGAUUGACAUUUAAGCAGUUAAGCAUUUAAGCAGUUCGGUAAUAUUCCAAUUGUGUCACUUAAAUAUAUACAAAUUAUUUAUAUAGUAUAUAUCAUUUAUAUAAAUUAUUAUAUAAUUAUGUAUAUAAAUAAUGCAUUCUUAAGCAUAUAUAUGUGUGCAAAUUCUACGUGAAUUAACGUUUAUCAAUCGAAACCA